AUUCAGUAGAGUACAGGUCAAGUUGGACAAUUUAUAUUUGUAUUUUUAAUUUCAGUAUGUUUGUAUUUAUAAUCCUCCUACAUCACCUUUGUUGUUGCAAGUAUAUCUGCUAUUAAUAGAACUUUUGUUUUGUUCCAUGUUUUAUCUCCCUCCAGCUAGUCCAACCUAUCUGUGCUCUCUGAGAAGCACUUUCCAUUGCCUUUUUUUUGUAUAACUCUUCCUCUUUCUAUUUUAAAUAAUACAAGUGUUUUGAAAACUUACUCAGGAAGGAAGGGCUGGUGAUUUUUUUUAAUGUUUAUUGCUUAAAAUCCAAGCUUUAAGUAUCUACUCAUAAUCUGAGUCUGCAGGCGCCAUUUGGAUAUCUACCCAUGAGUGAUGCUAUCCGUGGGUGGGCUUGUUCUGUUUUGUUAUUAAUGUUUGUUCUUGUUUUUUUAGUGCUGUAAGGCCUAGACAGAGUAGGUCCAGACUGAGUAAUCCUGAUGAUUCUCACUUUUCCUUCAGCUGAAGAUGUUUUCUGUGUGGGGAGCCGCUCACUGAGGUUGGCAGGAAGCGUGAUGUGACCUCAGGAACACGGCUCAGGUUGCGGCUCCUCUGGUGGCUGCCUGUUUUCAUCAGCCUUUCAUCCUCCUUUGUCAUCAAAUGCAUCUUCACACCACAGAAAAAUGACACCUUCUGCAAAUAAAUUUAGGAAGUGGUAUUUUAUGGUGUUGUGAGUUCAAACAGGGCAUUUCUACCAGUUGCACAGACUCUUGGCAGGGGCAGGCUGGAGAAAAAAUGUUGUUGUCGCUUCACAUGUUUUUAAAAACUAAUGCUAAAGUCUCUUUUGUGUUCAAUUGUAAGCUAGGUCAAAAAUAGCCGAAUAUUCACUCUCCUGUGAUUGAACUUUCAAGAAAAAAAAAAAAUUAACAGAGAACAUAAUUUGGUGAGCUUAUAUACCAAAAAAUAAAAAAGGUGUUUAGCGGAUUUCUGCUUGGUGGGAGCCUGGGAAUUGUGGGAGUGGAGAUGGGGGAAUCAGUGAAGAAACAUGAAAGUGAACUCUUGAGAAGAGUUUUUUCCUUCCAUGUGCUCAAUUGACAGGUCUGUGUGGAAUCAAGCUUAAUAAGAUCAGGAACACAGGAAGGAUGUAAUUUUGCCUGAAACUUCAUCAUCCACACACACGUUUUUCCCAUCUGCAGUAGCAGUUCCAUAAUUUUUGUGUUGGUGUGUGUUGCGAGUUUUCCCAUCCAAGAAGAAAGCUUGAUGAAAAUCAGAAGUCAAAUUCAAAAAUAUUUACAAGUUUACUGAACCCCUGUUGACCUGUCAAUUGCUUCAGCAGACAUGGAUUUGAAUCAGCUGGAAGCUUUCCUCACUGCCCAAACCAAAAAACAAGGUGGCAUCACGUCAGAUCAGGCUGCAGUCAUUGCAAAAUUUUGGAAGAACCACCGGACUCAAAUCCACGAGAGCCUGAUCAGUCAGAGCUGCUGGGAUAAUGUCCUGAAAAACAUGAACUGGAGAGUGGACCUGAAGUCACAGCUGAGGCACAUUGAUCAGAUAAACACUCCUGUUGCAAUAGUUGAAAUGGAACUGGGAAAAAAUGGGCAGGAAUCUGAGUUUCUCUGCCUGGAGUUUGAUGAGGCCAAGUUGAGCCAGAUGCUGAAGAAACUGUCAGAAAUAGAGGAGAGUAUGACUUUGUUGACUCAGACUACUUAAUCAAAUAAAGAGAUGGCAACUUACAGAAAAUGACCCUUGGUCCUUUCUCAAGUGCAAAUAACAGUGUGUAUGCUCUCAUUGCGUUUUACACAAUGGGAAGGAUCUUGGAGGAGCCCAUAUCUCCACAUCUUACUGUGCUUGGACUUUUUAAUAAACUGAUUGAUAUAUUGA